AUGCCCGCACUGUUGUUUGGUGAAAAAUACGGUGUUGAACAUGUUGAUCAUGAUGUCAAUAUUACCUCUGUUGUAAUAGUUGUAUCACCUUUAAACGCCCUUAUUACAAAUCAAGUCAAUCGUUUGAAGUUACACGGGAUUGAAGCAGCUGUGCUUGAUAUAAAGAGUUCGGUGGCAGUCAAUGCUCUCGGCGGUGAUUCUGGAGCUUCGAGCAAAGAUCUAUCGGAGGACGAAGACAAAAAUACUGAUACCGAUGCUGUUUGCGAUCUUCUGUUCAGUGAUAGGAAAAAAUUGGGAAAGGGACAAUAUAAUAUCGUGUUUGCUCAUCCUGAAGUUCUGGUAUCGAGUAAAUAUGGCCGAAAAUUAAUGCAGUCGAAAACUUAUCAAGAAAAUGUUUGUGCUGUUGUAAUUGACGAAGCUCAUUGUAUUUUAGAAUGA